AUGUAAAUCAGCCAGACUUUGAGAAGAUGUAUCAAUUUUCAUAAGGUUGUCUAAGAGUUGUAUGAAUAAGGAGAAAUUAAUUUUAAAGAAAAGAAUAAACUUAAAACUGAAUUCAAUACUAAUAAUGAAGACAUAUUAUAUUUGAUAGAGGGUAUGAAAUAGACUUUAAUAAUAAGACAUGGAGAAAGAAGACUUUAAAUAAUAAUUAAUUGAAUAUGUGAAAUCUAAACAUUAAAUUAUUAAAUUGGCCAAUUCACCUGGCCUAAGAAGAAAGUCAUUAUUAUCUGAAUCUAGUCCUACCAUUGGUCGAAAGAGUGCCUUUUCUAAAGAAAGCAAAAUUACAGAAGAAGAAUUGAUUACUUACAUUACUAAACUUCGAGAAGCACUUGUUGAAGUUUAUUAAUCAAGAUCAAGCUCACUUACAUAUUUAGUGUAGGAUCAUUUAAAGUCAUUGACUCAAUUUAUAUCUAAAUUAUCUAGCAAAAGUCCAUAGGCAUCCCUCAUCUUACUUUAAGAAUAAAAUAUUGCUGAAGAAAUCGAAUCAUAUUAUAAAUAAUUGAAGAAUCAAUUUCUGAAUACACAUUCUUUGUUAAUUAAUGAUAAUAUUGUUUCGGUUACUUCAAAACUUAUUUAGAAUCUAUUAAAUUGUGAUGAAUUCACAUUUAUUAAUCCAUAGUAUGGAAUAUAUGAUUCAACCAAAAAUUCUUUUAAUAUUUUUGAAUCAGAUGAUUAUUUACAAGAUUUAAUAUCUGUAACCACAAAUGUUAAUCUCCUCACAGAAAAUCAAACAAAACUCUCUUAAAUGUUCUCUUAAUAUAGUAGAACUUAUACUAUUAGAAUAUAGGAUGAGUGUUUCUUCUAUCAUCAAAAAUAAAUUAGGGAUACUCUGUUAAAUUUAACAUUAGAAUAUAAAUGUCUCAAUGAGAUUCAAAUAUUAAGUAAAUUAAUAUCUAAAGCAACUAUUGAAGCAAGAGUUUAAUUGAUUAGCCCUAUUUAAAUAGGGAAUAUGAUAAUUGAUGUAGGAGUAGAAUUUGUUAGAUGUAGUAAAUAUUUAUUUAUUAAUCAAAUUAUUAAUUUGUUGCGUACUAAAUAUACAAUUGAAAAAACAGAUACUGAAAGUUAAGGAUCAUUUACAUCCAUUUCAAGUACCAAUCUUUCACCUACUUGUAAAUAGGCUAAAAUUGCUAAAAUAUAAUUUAAAGAUAUAUUGCCUUUGGAAAUUACUGUUAUAGGAUUAAAUCUAAAUAAGAAAGAUGACUUAUAGAUAUAUAAGACUAUUACUAAUCUUUACACAAAAUACUUAAAGUUUAUAGAAUUAAGUUACGAUAGAAUCAUAUUUUAUAAAUAUUUUAUUAAAUCAAAAGAUUCAAUUAUGUUAGAAUUCGAUAAAGAGGGCAAAUUGGCUUUUUUAUCAAGACCAAUUCCUCCAUCUUUAAGUAGAGAAUUUUAAUUAAGCUAUUGUCCCAGAGGACAUUAUUAUCAAAUUAUAAAGAAUGAAAUGUUAUUGAGAGUAAUAGAAUAACAUUUGGAUAAUAAAUGGAAUAUAUAAUAAACAGAUUAAUUGUAUGAAAUUUUUAUGAAAGCCAGAAAUAAAAAAUUUAAGGGUUUUGCAAUUAUAUUUUCAGAAGGAUUCUUAUAAACAAGAAGUUUAGAAACGGAAACCAAAAAAAUAAAAUUAAGAUAAGAAGCUACUUAAUACUUAUCAAAUUUAGAAUAAAAUAAUCCAGAAAUAAAAGAUACAAUAUUAUCUUUUUAUAUUCCAUAAUAAGUUUAAGUUCCUGGAAUAAUACAUAAAAAGAAAAAGAGUAUGAUUAAUGGAUUUAUUGAUACUAUCUAAAUAAAUUUAAUUGAUGUAGAGAAUCUUGAAUAAGAACCAAUUUUUAUUGAUUAGAUUGAUAAUUUUGAUUUUAAUAUAUUCAAAAUAGAAAAUAAUUCUAUAGAAAAAUAAAGAAUAGUUUAUUAAAUAUUGAAAAGAAAUAAUUUUAAUGAGAUAUUUGAGAUUGAUAAAACAAGAUUAUGUGAAUUUUUAGGUGAAUUAGAAUAUAGAUAUGAUAAACGUAGAAAUCCAUUUCAUAAUUAUAAUCAUGGAGUUAAUGUUAUGCAUAGUUGUCAUGUUAUAAUGAAUAAAAUGAUCAAUUAACCACAACACAAGGUACUCUUUGAUUAAUUAACUAAACUAUCCUUAAUCUUAAGUGCAUUAUGUCAUGAUGUAGGUCAUACAGGUAGAACAAAUAUAUUUGAAAUCAAUAAUUUUUCUGAAAAAGCUAUUAGAUAUCAUGAUAAAAAUGUAUUAGAAUAAUACCAUGCUGCUACUGCACUCAAAUUAUUAUUAAAAGAGAGAAUGAAUUUCUUAAAGAAUAUAGAUUUUAGGUAAUUUAGAGAAAAAUUCAUUCAGAAUAUUAUAUUUACUGAUAAAUAAGAACAUUUCAAUUUACUCAAAUUUUUUGAAGCAAAUAAUGAAAAAGAUAUAAAAAUUAUAACUGGUAUGAUCAUUCAUACUUCUGACUUUGCAGGAGCAUCUGCAAAAUGGCCUAUUUCUAAAUAAUGGUCCUUAAGAGUUAAUCAAGAAUUUUAAGCAUAAUUUGAAGAGGAAGGAAGAUUAGGAUUACCUUAAUAACCAUUUAUGAAAGAUUUACAGAAAGUAUUUAAUUUAUUUUUAUUUAGAUAUCUGUUCUAUCAAAAUCAGAAAUAGGUUUUUAUAAAUUCUUUGUUCGUCCCUUGUAUGUAUCAUUGUCUAAAUUUAUGGAUCAUUAAUUAUAGGAUAGAAUCGAUAAUAUCGAUGAAACAAUAAUCGAGUGGGAUUCUCUAGCAUCAUUAGAGAAUCAAUAACAAUGA